CUUUACCCUUCAACCAACUAAGUAUUAGCACAUGUGUCCUUGACCUGCCACAGCUUUGGUGUAGAGAUACUGAUUUUCUAUUCUUUGAUUUUGGUUUCUAUUACAGAUUUUCUGCGUGUUUAAAUUCAAAUAAAUCUCCUCUAUUUUAGGAGAUAUUAAUUGUUACUCUUGUAUGUAAAUUUAGUUCAGUUUCUCAAUAAAAUCAUUAAGUCAUUUCUGAAUUUUUCUUUGUUUAUAUGGUAUCUGGAUUAGCUCUAGGGAGUAACAUUCUCUGAAUAUCCAACCCAAUCUAAUCAAACGGCCUCCAAUGAAGCCACUCAUAACUCCCUCAAAAGCACAUCCUCCACCACCUAACCAAGUCCCAUGCAAAUAGUGUAGCAGCCAACCCACACCCACUCUUGUAAAACCGUCUCAAUAUACAUGAAGCUGGUACAUGUUUUUGUGCCCAAACUGUUUCUAUUCUACCAAUGCUCCCAAGCAAACAUGAUCAAAGUCGCUCAGAGCUAAUACGGUAAAAAGACCCGCCAAAGAAUAUCACAAAUGAAAUUCAUUUUUUAUAGAUGUUCUCUUUCUCCAAAUCUACGAAGAAAGAUACACAGUUUAGAUCGCAUGGAACAUAAAGCACGCAUUUGUUCACAUAAACCAGAACUUUCCCCUCUCUGGUUCUCGAAUUCAAGCAAUAUGUCGAAUGCAGAUGAACCGUUCGAUGAAACGCCUGAGUUAGAUGUCAUUUCAGCGACAGCUUUAAUUGGGCGGUUUUGUAGGCAAAACCGAUAUAAAGAAGCUGUCUAUUUGUUCUCAAGAAUGAUUUGCCUGAAUAUUAGGCCGAAUCAGUUCACUUUUGCGUCUUUAAUUCAGUCUUCAACUACAAUACAAAAUUUUCAUUUAGGUAAGCAAUUUCAUGCAUCUGCAAUCAAGAUGGGUCUUUACUCCAUUGUAUUUGUAGGUAGCGCAAUGCUAAAUUUCUAUGCCAAAUUGAGUUCAAUUGAUGAAGCUAGGAAAGCUUUUGACGAUAUUCAGAACCCAAAUGUUGUCUCUUAUACAACUUUGAUGCAUGGGUAUUUGAAGAAAGGAAAAAUUGGGAAUGCUCUUCAGUGUUUCAAAGAAAUGCCCGAAAGAAAUGUUGUGUCGUGGAAUGCAAUAAUUGGUGGAUGUAGCCAGAUGGGUUGUAAUGAAGAAUCUGUAAAUCUUUUUGUAGAGAUGCUGAGGGAAGGGAUGAUGCCUAACGAAUCGUCGUUUCCUUGUGUAAUUAGUGCAGCUUCAAAUAUAGCGGCACUUGGAAUGGGAAAAAGUUUUCAUGCUAUUGCUAUUAAGUCCUCGUGCAACUUUAAUGUUUUUGUUGGCAAUUCUUUGGUUAGCUUUUAUGCAAAAUGUGGAUGCAUGCAAGACGGUCUCUUGGUUUUCAAUGAACUUCCUAAUACGAAUAUUGUCUCUUGGAAUGCUGUGAUAUGUGGUUUUGCACAGAAUGGAAGAGGUGAGGAUGCUGUAAUUUUCUUUGAAAGGAUGAGAGCAGCAGGUCUGAGACCUAACAGUGUUACAAUUCUUGGUCUUUUAUGGGCUUGUGAUCAUGCUGGUCUUGUUGACAAGGGUUAUUAUUACUUCAAUCAAAUAAGGGUCGAGGAACCCAAUGUAUUAAAACCUGAACAUUAUGCAUGUAUAGUUGAUUUAUUCUCUCGGGUUGGUCAUUUGAAAGAGGCUGAGAGGCUUCUUCAUGACUUGCCUUUUGAUCCAGGAAUUGGGUUCUGGAAAGCAUUGCUUGGAGGCUGCCGUAUCCACUCAAAUAUGGAAUUGGGUGACUUAGUGGCAAAGAACAUCCUGGCUUUAAAUCCUAAAGACGUGUCAUCAUACGUAAUGCUGUCAAAUGCCUAUUCUGCUGCUGGCAGAUGGCAGAAUGUGUCGAUAAUGAGGAAACAAAUGAUGGAGAAAGGAUUGAACAGGGUUCCAGGUUGUAGUUGGAUUGAAAUUAAAAACAAAGUUCAUGUCUUUGUUAACAAUGACAGAAAUCACCGCCAAAAGGAUGAAAUUUACAGUUUCUUGAAGUUUUGCACUGAAAGGUUAAGAGAGAUUGGUGAUUGCAGAUUGUUAGGGGAGUUCUAACUUAAGAUUUUUUACCAGUUAUUUAUAUGGGAGAAAAGCGAUUGAAGUGGUUCAUUUUGGAAUGAAAUUACACAUGUAUAAAGGGGACUAAAAUCUAGUUCAAGCUUAAUCAAGUUGAGUUCACUGCUUUUUGGCUUGAAACUGAAAGCAUGUACUAUGAUCAAGUUAUUCAGAUUGGUAGAUGGUUUUCUAACUCCGGUUUGCAAUUCAAGAAAUUUGGUUUUGCUGAAAGACAGGAAGCAAACCAGUUUUGUGAGAAAGCUUUGAUUAUGUAUUGAUACUUCGCUUUAAAGGAUGAAGCUUGGUUUGAAUUGAAAGACAGGUUGCUGUUCCUAACAUCAAGGAGAUCAGCCAAUGAUCCAGGAACCGCAGGCUACUCAAUUGGGCUCAAUCCACUGGGCCACUACAAAUCUUUGUAUGCAAAAGUAAACACAAUUAUUGGCAAAUUGUCUCAUUUUGUGAAUGCACUAAACUAUUGUUCGAUCAAAGAUGAGUAUUCUUCCAAUGUAUCAUUUUUGGGUCCAAUGGAAUUCAUAUGUAUAGGAAGAAGCCCUAUUGAAUAGAGAUUUUUUCUUUCAACCAUCUUAGAUAUAUAUUGCCUACUUUGCGGCUGAUGUAUUUGAUCAUUCAGGAAUGCAGAAGCGCCUUGCUUGUCCAUUCUAUCUUUAGGAUAUAAACUGAAGGUAGAUAAUAUAAGAAAACAUUAUUGGCAUUUUGUAUCUAAAUAUUUUUCUUCUUGGACAUCAGGGUGUCAAAUGCUUUUAGUUAUUGUCAAGGAUUCACUUAAUAAUUUUGUUUCUCA